AUAGGAAUUUCCAAUAAAUUUCUAUUUUUGUUGGCUUUCUAGUGUUCAUUUAUGUUUGCUUCACAUGGCACAUCUUACUUAGAUUAUAUCCUGUGACAAGAUCCAACAUUCUCAGUAAAUGAGAAUAUCUUGUUUACCAACUGUCAGCAGUAGUUAAUUUGUCUAGUUAAUUCUACCUUGGUGAAUGAACUGUCACUCCUUCUCUAUUAGUAGAAAGUCAGUGAGAAGCAUAGUUCACCCAUAGAAAAGCUGGUUUUUUCCAGGUGGCAAGUAGUAUCAUGUAUCUGAAUUCCAAUUACACUUCUUCAGUUUCCAGAACUUAGGAGAGUGUCAGUCUCCUCUUCACAUUUUUCUGGUUUGCUCUACCUCAAUCUGUACAGAGCUGAUAUCAGAACAUGAAUAGACAGUAAAUUCUCACUAAACAUUCUCACUAAAUAGCAGGUCUCACCAAACAUUCUCAUUUCUUAAAACAAGCAAACAAAAAAGCAAACAUAAAAUGAAGCUUGAUGUAGAAGAUAUGAAGAUGUGAUCUUAGUUGAUUCUAAUUCCCUUACUCAAAUUUAAUGUCAAGAUUUAGACAAAUCAAUUUUUUUCUAGCACAGGAAAAAAUGCUUGAAGUAAGAGCAGCAGAAGUAAAUAUCUGACAGCUUGUUUUUGAUCUAAUAAGUUAAUGAAUAAUUAAAUAAUGUAACAAUGUGUACAAGGAACAAAGUUUUGUCAAAGAACCUUAACCUGUUAAACAUUAUGAUGUUUCAUUUGAUUUGAGGAAAAAAAAAAUAGCUGAUCUAUCUACCUCUAAUGCUAAAACUGUAUAUAAAUUGAUAAACUGUAUUCAUUUCCAGCCUGAUACAGAAAUUAUGUUACCUAUACUAAAGUAAUUAAAAUGAGAUAAUCCUCAAGAAGUUUUCAGGAGAUUAUCCUCAAAAUACUCACAAGUGAUUCUGAAUAAUCCUACAAAAAUCCAGCUUCUCAGAUAAUUUACAUCAUACUUUCCUAUAGAGAACAAGUCCUUCUGACUCUGUCAGGAUGGACAUGAUGGGUGGACAGUUUUCCUUUGUUACUUCAAGACCAUUCAAUUCAAGUUUUAAAAUCUAUGAUAUGAGGGGGAGUCUUGUGUUUAUUUGGUAUAUGUUAAUUUGACCUUGACAUCUAGAUGUAAAUACAUUAAACUGGGAUUCAGCAAUAGCUAAGGCACCAGAGUCCACAUCUGCAUCAACCAGAACUGUUCCAUUUGCAGACCAUGGUCUCAUCAUGUUGUUUGAUAGCAUUGCCCAUGCUAAAGAGUCACAUUUCCUCAUCUCUCAUGUCCAACCCAUGAAAUCCCUGAACAUCUGACUAAGAUCUGAAGAGCUGUCCACAACUUAUUUAAUUAAAUUAAGAAAAAAAAAAGAAAGAAAAGGGACAACAUAUGUGACAGAGGUACAGACAAGAAGUUUUCCAUUUCCACAUAGAAAGAGUUAUUAAAUUUUCUGAGGUUAUAUGAGGAAGAAGAAAAAGGGAGAGAGAAUUUUCUUGAGAUGGUUGGCUUGGAGCUUUUUUAGUUUUAGUUUUUUCAUUAACAGGACACAUUAUGUCAGAAAAAAUAUAUAUAUAUAUUUUUUUUUUCCCAUUUAGGAUUUCUCAGAAAUCUUCUUGGCCUGGAGCUAUAACUGACGUAGCACUAGGCUCUAAAUUAUCCCACCACAAACAUGUCUUCCAUAAUAAUUACUGAAGUGCUACUGCAAUACACAGUUCUUGUUAUUUCCAAAUAUCCUCAUUUUUUUAAAAGCACAAUGAAUAUUUGAAUUAUUACUCAAAAUUUCCUAAACUGACUUAAGAUAAAAGCUGAUGUCUACGAAAAAUUAUAACUUGUUGCAUAAUUAUUCCACAUUAUUUUUACUUAGGGUUUGUGGGUUUUUUUAAUUGGAUUUUUUUUUUUUACUAUAAAACCCCAACACUAGCUAGUAGAUAAAAUUCAAUUUCCACAGAGAAUUAUAACAAAAGAACAGGCAUUCAUUUAAUGUCUCUAGAAACAUGUAAGAAGAUAAACCAAUAUCUUGGGUAUAUUUUUUUUUUACUCAGUGUGAAGAUUGUAUGAUUCUUGAAACUAAAUUAUUUGGUGGAAAAAAAAAUGGCCAGAGGGCAAAACCCAGACUAUAGAAACUCUUUUCUUUGACUAACUUUUGUGACUGCUCUAAACUGACCAUUUUUUUCCCUGACUAAUCUCUAAACAGAGGACAUAUCCCUUUCACUUGCAAAAUGCUCUCACACAAAAUAAAUUACCUUCCCACCACCCUGGUUACUUGCCAAGGAGUACUUUAUUUUUCCACUAGGAAGAAGAAAAUCAGCUUGUAUUUUCCUUGCUAGAGCCUUCUGCAUUUUAAUUCUGGACUCUGAAUGAACAUCAGAGAGGCUUUAUGAUGUUUUGCACAAAAGUGCCUGUGUUCAUAGUUUUACUCAGGGCACCCAAAAUAGCACGCAGUAAGCAGUGUCAUACUGUGAGUUUUCAAAAGUAAAAGCAGAACUGACUUAUACUGGCAGGAAGCUGUAACUCCUAGAGCUUUCUGAGGAUUUUUGAAGUAAAACAGGACUGCUUACUUCUCUGCAUCCCAUGUUUCAUGCAACUGUUUGCAAUAUCCAUUCCUUUAAUCCUCUAGAAGGCCCUGAAGUUACACAGAUUAGGACUGAUUGAAAGAACGGUUCAGCAUGAAUUCCUCUGUAUUGCUAUGUCUCAUGGUGAUGCUGGUUCAACUUUGGCCUUGUUCUCUCAGCACUCAGAACUCCAGCGCUCAAAACACAGUUCAGUCUUUCACACCAGUUCGAAGAGUGAAACGUAGCUGGCUGUGGGAACCUCUUUUUGUAACUGAGGAACAGAUUUCACCAGAUCCUGUGUAUAUCGGACAGCUGAAAUCAGAUUUAGACAAGCAGGAUGGUAACUUAAAAUACAUUUUGACUGGGGAGGGAGCUGGAAGCUUUUUUGUCAUCGAUGAACUUAACGGCAAAAUUUAUGUAACACAAAAGUUGGAUCGAGAAAAGAAACCUUUCUACACUCUAAGAGCACAAGCAAUUAACAGGAUCACUAAGCUUCCUGUUGAACCUGAAUCAGAAUUUAUCAUCAAGGUUCGAGAUGUCAAUGACAAUGAACCGCAGUUCUUGGAUGGACCUUAUGUGGCCACUGUUCCAGAGAUGUCACCUGAAGGUACUUCGGUUACACAGGUAACAGCUACAGAUGCUGAUGAUCCUUCUUAUGGGAAUAGUGCUCGUCUGCUUUACAGUCUUCUUGAGGGACAGCCUUAUUUCUCUGUGGAGCCAAAGACAGGGGUCAUUAGAAUGGCUUCCCAAAUGGAUAGAGAAACAAAAGAGCAGUAUUUGGUCAUCAUUCAAGCCAAAGAUAUGGUUGGGCAACCAGGAGCAUUGUCUGCAACAGCCACUGUUACCAUCAAUCUCUCCGACAUCAAUGACAAUCCACCUGAAUUUCAACAGCGACUCUACUAUAUGAGUGUCUCUGAAGAGGCUCCCGUGGGCACCACUGUAGGCAAAGUCUUUGCAGAAGACAGAGACACUGGGGACAACACAGCCAUGGACUAUUUCAUUGAAGCAGAUAGCUCAGGUGUUUUUGACAUCAUUACUAACAAUGAGACUCAAGAAGGAAUUAUCUUACUGAAAAAGAGAGUGGAUUAUGAGAGCCAAAGGAGAUACAGUAUUCAAGUAAAAGCUGUAAACAGAUACAUUGAUGAGCGUUUUUUGAAAGAAGAGCCAUUUGAAGACACAACCAUUGUCAAAAUCAAUGUGGAAGAUGCUGAUGAACCUCCAGUUUUCACCUUGGAGAACUACAUGAUGGAGAUUGUUGAAGGAGCUAUGAAUGGUGCUUUGGUGGGGUUCGUAACUGCCAGAGAUCCAGAUGAUGAUGAGAGUCCAAUCAGGUACUCUAUUGUCCACAGCACUCAUUUAAAGAGACUGUUCAGCAUCAAUGAGCACAAUGGAGCAAUCAUUACCACUGAACCUUUGGACCGAGAGAUAGCUUCUUGGCACAACAUAACUGUUACAGCCACAGAAACAAGAAAUCCUGAAAAAAUUUCAGAAACAAAUGUGUAUGUCCAAGUCCUUGAUGUUAAUGAUAAUGCACCAGAAUUCCCUAAAAACUAUGAAACAUUUGUUUGUGAGAAUACAGUUUCUGGGCAGCUAAUUCAAAGCAUCAGUGCAGUGGAUCAAGAUGACUCAGCAGAAGGUCAUCAUUUUUUUUUCUCAUUGGCUCAGGAGGACACAAACAGCUCCCAUUUUACUGUGAAAGACAAUCAAGAUAACACAGCUGGAAUUUUCACAGGAAAAAGUGGCUUCAGCAGGCAAGAGCAGUUUUUUUUCUACUUGCCAAUCUUAAUUCAGGAUAAUGGGACCCCACCGCUGACGAGCACAAAUACUCUCACUGUCACUGUCUGCGACUGCGACACUGAAGUUAACACCUUCUACUGCCGUUAUGGGGCUUUCAUGUAUUCCUUGGGUCUCAGCACAGAGGCUUUAGUUGCCCUUUUGGCUUGCAUAUUAAUAUUCCUAGUGUUCUUUUUGGCAAUUGUAACUAUAAGGCAGCAACAGCAGAAGAAGGCUCCUUUUUCAGAGAAGAUGGAAGAAUUCAGAGAGAACAUUGUCAGUUAUGAUGAUGAAGGAGGGGGCGAGGCGGACACAGAAGCCUUUGAUAUUUCAGCACUGAGAACACGCACUGUCAUGCGAACACACAAACCUAGGAAGAAGGUGGCCUCUGAAAUCCAGAGCCUCUACAGACAGUCUCUGCAGGUUGGCCCUGACAGCGCAAUCUUCAGGCAAUUCAUUUCAGAAAAGCUCGAAGAAGCAAAUACAGAUCCUAGUGUUCCUCCCUAUGACUCGCUUCAGACCUAUGCAUUUGAGGGGACUGGUUCCUUGGCAGGAUCCCUCAGCUCGUUGGGUUCAAACACUUCAGACAUGGAUCAGAGCUAUGACUACCUUGCAGACUGGGGACCUCACUUUAAACAGCUUGCAGGCAUGUAUUCUUCCCACAGAACUGUGGGAGAUUAGGCACUUUUUGAAUUGUUCUUUUGUUUUCCUAAGUCUUAGCAACCAAACGCAAUUGUGGAUUUUUAAAAAGGAGGUCAUCCCACAUUAAACAGGAGAAAGAAGAGUCCAAGAGUUUUCAUAUGGGAUGUUUUGGAUGUGGAAACCUCUUGAAUGAUUAAAACACACCAGGGGUGUUACCACAUGAAGGGAUGGAGGUCAUAGUUUGAAAACCUUGUGGUAAUUUAAGUGCUUAAAUGCAAACACUGCUGCUUUGGAUAUCUAGAUCCUCUUCCGUAUACUGAAAGUCUGGAUCUUGCUAGUACAAAAGGAGGAGUACAAGCCAUAAAUGGAUGCUGUAUACAUUCCGUCCUCCAUAAGCUUUAAACAGUUUCCAAAGCUGACAGACUUAUGCUGUUGUGGUUGAAUACAUACAUUAACCAAAGUUAAACACGCAUAUUUGUAUAAUGCUUCAUUAUAUAAAUAUAAUUGCGUGAAAAAGUAGACCCUAGAUGUUCUAAUACCAUUGUCAUAAGUGCUUACAAGAUCAUCUAUUUAUUGUUCUUAGGAUGACAAAACUAAAAUGUCUUUUCAUAUCAGAAAAAUUAAAGUGUUAUAUAAGUGUUAUUAUAACAUCAUCAAGUAUUUGCUGCCAUUUUAGUUUUUAUUGAAGCUAUUGGAAAAUGUGUAAACCAAUACUUAAUUUAGCAAAUAAGAUAGGAAAAAGAAUCAAUAUUUAACUUAAAUACUGCAAUCGACCACAUUAUAUAUUAGUGCACUUAGAACAAAAUGCUGUAGAAAUACAGGCAUUUUUUUCCUUUUAUUAAGAGUUUAAAGGAUGACUUAUUUACCAGCACAGAUUUAUUUUUUUAUUAUGGAAUAUAAAAUUAGCUGCAGUAGUCAGUUUUAUUAUAACAAUAUUAAGAAUCUUUAAAAUGUUAAACUGAUGGUUAUAAAACUUUAUGUAUGAUAUUAGAUAAUAAGAUAAUAAAAUGCUUUAAAUGUUA